GGCGGAGGCGGAGAAAUGCCGCUGAGGUGUGGGCUUCGCCCUCGGCCCACCGCGCGGUAGUCUCGGGCCAGGCGGCGGAAUCCUCCAUCCUGGCAUCUGCAGGGCUCGGGCAGUGCAGUUCCCGUCAGGGCGGCGGCCAUUGUCCGCUGUCAGCCCCCCGGCGCGUCAGGUGUGUCACAGAGCUGCAAGAUAAGCCUGGUUUUUCAUGACUGCUUUUUUUCCUGUUCUCGAUCUGCCUUCUCAGGACGCUACCCUUCUAUAAGACAAGAGGACCAUUUUGAGUAGGACAUUGCAAAGUCAUGUUUCAGGUGACAUUUAGUGAUGUGGCCAUAGACUUCUCUCAUGAAGAAUGGGAAUGGCUAGAUUCUACCCAGAGGGAUUUAUACAAGGAUGUGAUGGUCCAGAAUUAUGAGAACUUGGUCUCUCUAGCAGGUCUUUCUAUACCUAAGCCAUAUGUGAUCACUUUAUUGGAGGAUGGGAAAGAACCUUGGAUGGUGAAAAAAAAACUGUCAGAAGGUAUGUUUCCAGAUUGGGAAUCAACAUGGGAGAACAAGGAAUUAUUAACAAAGGAGGAUAUUUAUGAUGAAGAUUCUCCCCAAACGGUAAUAAUAGAAAAAGUGAUAAAACAAAGCUGUGGAUUUUCAAAUUUUAACAAAGACUGGGAGUAUAUAGAGAAGUUGGAGGGAAAGCAUGAAAAUCAGGUGGAACAUUUCAGACCAGUGACCCUCACCAUUAGAGAAACUUCCACUGGGGAAUGCGUUUACAAAUAUAAUACCUUCGGCAGCAUCUUCCAUUUAAAGUCUAUUCUUUCUGAACCACAGAGAAUUUCUGCUGAAGGGAAAUCACAUAAACAUGAUAUACUUAAGAAGAGCUUAACAAAAAAAACAGUUAUAAAAAAUGAGAAUAUCAGUGGUGGAAAGAAACUUUUGAAUUCUAAUGAAAAUGUGGCAGCCUUCAGUCAGAGCAAAUCUCUGACUCUUGAUCAGACUUACAAUAGAGAGAAAAUCUAUACAUGUAGUGAAUGUGGGAAGGCCUUUGGCAAACAAUCAAUCCUUAAUCGCCAUUGGAGAAUUCAUACAGGAGAGAAACCAUAUGAAUGUCUUGAAUGUGGAAAGACUUUUAGCCAUGGCUCAUCCCUUACUCGACAUCAGAUAAGUCACAGCGGAGAGAAACCUUACAAAUGUAUUGAAUGUGGAAAGGCCUUUAGCCAUGUCUCAUCACUUACUAAUCAUCAAAGCACUCAUACUGGAGAGAAACCAUAUGAAUGUAUGAACUGUGGAAAGGCUUUUAGUCGUGUUUCACAUCUCAUUGAACAUCUGAGAAUUCAUACUCAAGAGAAACUCUAUGAAUGUCGAAUAUGUGGGAAAGCCUUCAUUCAUAGGUCAUCUCUCAUUCACCAUCAGAAAAUUCAUACUGGAGAGAAACCUUAUGAAUGUAUUGAAUGUGGAAAAGCCUUCUGCUGUAGCUCACACCUUACUCGACAUCAAAGAAUUCACACUAUAGAGAAGCAAUUUGAAUGCAACAAAUGUCUGAAAGUCUUUAGUAGUCUCUCAUUUCUUACUCAGCAUCAGAGUAUUCAUACUGAAGAAAAACCCUUUGAAUGUCAAAAAUGCAGAAAAUCCUUUAGUCAGCCUGAAUCACUGAAUAUGCAUUUGAGAAAUCACACUAGAUUGAAACCUUAUGAAUGCAAUAUAUGUGGGAAAGCCUUCAGUCAUAGGUCAUCCCUGCUUCAACAUCACAGAAUUCAUACUGGAGAGAAACCCUAUGAAUGUAUGAAAUGUGGGAAGACCUUUAGCUGUAGUUCCAACCUUACUGUACAUCAGAGAAUUCAUACUGGAGAAAAGCCAUAUAAAUGUAAUGAAUGUGGGAAAGCUUUUAGCAAAGGCUCAAAUCUUACUGCCCACCAGAGAAUACAUAAUGGAGAUAAACCUAGUAGUGCAAUAAAUUUGGAAAGCCUUUAGGCCGUAUGAAUCACUGUACAUGUGAAAAAUCAUGCAAGAGAGAAACUAUGAAUGUGGUAUUAGUCAUAAUACACUUUAGCCAUAGAUCCUCCCUGACUGAACAUCAGAAAAUUUUUACUGGAGAAAAGUCUUACGAAUGUAAUAAAUGUGGGAAGGUGUUUAGCAGUUGGUACAAGCAUUGUCUGUCCCAGGUCACACUGUAGAGAGCCCAAAAGGGCAAUAAAUGUGGGAAAGCCUUUAGGCAGUAUUAAUCCCUUAACUGACAAGUAAAUCCACAUUGGAGAAAACCCCAUAUAUGUAAGAAAUAGGGAAAGACAUUAGGCAAUAUGAAUAUAAAAAUUGUGGGAAGUCCUUCAGUUAAAGUGCAUCCCUCAUUCUACAUCAAAACUCAACACUGGAGAGAGCUUAUUUAAGAAAUAUGGCAAAAUGUUCACUAAGAGUUCCUAUGUUGCUAGACAUCAGAUUGCUAGAACAGCCUGAGGGAUAGGAAUUAUGUGUAAAUCUUUGCAGUGACCCUAUUUUGUAAACAGUUCUACAGGAGGGCAAACAAGUGUAUUAUAAAUAAACAUGCAUUUCUUAA